GUCAUUUUGGGGAGAUUGCCGCUGUGUGUCUCGAUACACGCGUAAGAGACAUGUCGAAGUCAAAGUCAAAGUUCACAGUCAGACCGCACUUGCGCCGCCCGUACGAUACUCGCCACUGGUCUGUCUGAACCAGGACACCAUCCGCGCCGAACACCUCACGCUGACCUUCUGCACGAAGCUAAACGGCAUGUUUCGGACACCGAACCCUGAGCUGACCUAUGUUUCCCUUAUCCACCAGAACAGUAACUAUUACGCGAGCUGGGAUCCUGCGCGAUUGGUGCGGGUCGGGGACUAUGGUCACCUUCAAGGCGACGGUUCCUUCGCGCGCGAGGGCAACAUCUUCGACGGAUUAUGGGCACAAGAGUUUGGCAUUGUCGAGCUCCCCGGCCCAGAAGAUAACAUCCGGUGCAUUGUCUCCUCUGACGUCGAUGAAGUACGAGAGAGCACAACCAACGAGAUAGGUGCAGCCUGGCUUCACAAGGUGACGAUGAAGAAAACAUUCACCGUCAAGCGUAGCCACGGCGCGAUCCUCGUCAUGCUCAAUGCGCGAUACACCCAUCUUUCCCCUGCUGGAAACCUCAAAGACCUCGUCUACUCUACUGCUUUCAAGAAAAAACACCUCUUGGUUAGCGAGCUUUACUCCUGUGGCUCCUACGCCCGUCUCCUCGCUCCUAAGCAGGAACGCGCCGUAAAGAUAAGCUUAGAAGGCGAAGCGCAUCAGCGUUCUGUUCAUGCCUCGGAGGAGGCCGAGUGGAUACAUACCGCAGACGGCGGCGACUUCAAGAGUGGCGUGCUGAGGGGCAGCGAGGCCGCGUUCACACCGCUCUUUCGGCUCGUAGGACGAAAGACCUUCCGGAGGUUGCCCAUUACUGAAUUGGAGCGCCCCAAAUGGAGACGUGUCGUCGCUGGCAAAGCACAGAAACCGGCCGUAGUGGUCACGGAUUCUCUCCAAACGAAUGGACUGGGGGAUGAUGACCACGAUAGCUCCGAAGAUGGUGAUCAAAUGAGGUAGAGUGAUCGGCAUGGUUUGGCCCAUGGAGUAUGGAGCUUGAAUACGCUUUACUCUUCAAGCUGUAUCACUAGUGUAUCC